CGGCGCAUGCGCGAGGCCGGGCUGCGCGGUGACGACGCUGUGCCGUCUCUUGCGAACCUACCGCUGGGCCUGGCCCGCGCUGCUCUUCGCCAUGGCAGAUCCGCGCUUGAGGCAGAUCAAGAUCAAGACCGGCGUCGUGAGGCGAUUGGCAAAAGAAAAAGUUAUGUAUGAAAAAGAAGCAAAACAGCAAGAAGAAAAGAUUGAAAAAAUGAAAGCUGAAGCAUGUGAUGAUUAUGGAAUUAAGAAACAGAUUGAGCUCUUACAAGAGUCACGAAUGAUGAUUCCAGACUGCCAACGCAGAUUAGAAGUUGCACAUGCAGAUCUUACUCAGCUACUAGAGAAUGAAAAAGAAUUGGAAGAAGCUGAAGAGUAUAAAGAAGCACGUUCCAUACUGGAGUCAGUGAAGCUCGAAGCCUAGAAGUUUUUCAGUAUUCUCUCCGUAUGCAUUAGCACUGGGUCCACACCACACUUUUGUUUAACUGUGGCUCUCUUACUAUUGUUGACUUGCUAAGGUUCCCUUUAUGCAAGCUGGCCUUCCUCUAACUGCAAGAUGCAUCAAAUAAAGGGUGUUGUGAAAGAUCUCUGUGUUCCAUAUUCAGGCAAAACAGAAAUACUCCCAGAUCACCUCACUUAGAAAAAAGGGUAAAAAAAGGCAAUUUAAUAUAAGUGUAGUAGUGUAACAGCUAAUGUAUAGAACUUAAUCUGAACAAUUCAGGCUAAGAAACAAGCUCGCAAUGUGAGGGACCAAUAAAUACUUUAGAUUAGAAUAAUUUGGGUUGGAAGGGACCUUAAAGAUUCAUCUAGGUCCAGCUUCGUUGUUAUGAAGCGUCUUAUAUUGGAAAUAAUUUUAAGCUGUUACAGCAUAACAAUCUGUACUGAAAGAUGAGAUGGACUAAAUGACCUUUCAAAGUCACCCAUCUUUUUUCUAUGAUGCAAUUAAUCUGUAACUUUUAUCAAAUACCUACUCCUUGUUUACUCUUGAGCCCAAGACAGAUUUAAGAGCUGAUUCCAAGUCUUUAUCAUUUUGCCUGAGGUUGAUUCAUAGAGCCCAAUUCACAUGGUUACCGUUGGUCAAAAUUCUGUUACUUUUUCAAGAAACAGAAUUUAGCAGCUGGCUAGUAUGUUGUCAGUUGGAUCUGCUGGUAAGAUUUCUGGAAUUAAUGCUUUUCCUGAAAGCACCAUGAACUAAAUGAGUAGUUGGUUUUUUUAACAAAGCUUAAACCCCAGAGGAUGAAAGAGAACUAAUGGGUAAGGCAAAACCACUUAAAUCUGCCUGGAAGGCCCUUAAAGCAUUAUGUACAAAAGCUGUGGUUCUUUCAGAGUGGCUUCUUUAAACAGCAAACAGUAAGCUCUGCUGACGAACAAGAAAGCUUCUUACAUUAGUUUUUUUCUAGUUUGAAAGUACUCUGGCAUGUUUCUUAAAGGCAACACAAAGCACAGUGUAUCUUUUGUGUGGUGCUAUAUUGAAUACAAUAAAGUUUUUUGUUAAUUGGCUUGA